AUGGCUCCGCCCCCCGCGCCCCCCAUGGCUCCGCCCCCCGCGGUCCCGGUGCCCCCCCCCCGCAGCCCGGACGCUUUGAGCCUCAUCAGCCUCCAGUGCCAGCGCCUGGCCGGUACCGGCGGCCCCGGGAGGCGCAAACCGGCCGAGCCCCAGCGAGGGGCAGGCCCCGGGGACCUCCGGUUCCGGGGGGUGACGCUGAGGAUGCGCUUGGACCUGCGGAGCGGAGGCACCGACGGCUGCGGGCUGCUCAUCACCGCCCGCGGCUGCAGGAUUCCCAAGCGGAGCAGCCCCGAGGCCCCGGAGAGGAGCGGUCCCAUUGGAUCCGGGAUGAAGUGCUGUGCUUCCUGCGGGACACAGAGGACCCUGCUCUGGAGGGCGGCGGAGGAUGGGACCCCACUGUGCAAUGCCUGCGGCAUCAGGUACAGGAGGUACCGGGUGCGGUGCCGGCGGUGCUGGAACAUCCCUGGGAAGAGCAGGAUCCCCCAUUCCCAGUGUUCCCGCUGCGGGGAGCGGUAUUCCCAGGCUGGGAAGUGACAGCGCGGAGCCCAUUGAGGGGGGGCAUUAAACGUCCUGGUGCUUAUGGGGUCUCCUGGUGUCACCGGGGGGGGGGGGACACGGAUGCAUAGGGAUAGACGUGGUGGAUUGGGAUGGAUUGAAUGGAUCGGGAUGGACAGGGAUAGACAUGGUGG